AUGCGUUUGUAUUUGUAUAUCUUUUUGUUGUGUACAAUAACUUUGCUGACGUCAAAUGCUGUUGCGAAGGCGGACGAGGAGUCGAAUGCGGCAAGUAAAGCUGCGGAGCUGCUUUCGGUGGACACCGGUGUUGAGCAUAGCGAUGAGAAGCCACGUUUAGUGCGACAAUUCGGCUUUGGCGGACCAGGCUUUGGACCUGGCUUUGGUGGUCCAGGCUUUGGUGGUGGCGGUUUUGGUGGUCCAGGCUUUGGUGGACCAGGCUUUGGUGGACCAGGCUUUGGCGGACCAGGCUUUGGUGGACCAGGCUUUGGACGUGGCUUUGGCCGACGUGGUGGUGGCGGUUUUGGAGGCAGACGAUUUAUAAGACGACGCCGACCAUUCGGUGGAUUUUAUGGUUAA